AUCAGCCGAGGGAAGACCGGCGAGAACUCGCCGCGGCGUAAACAAUCCCGACGCAGCGAGUGCACUUGUCUCCCACUGAAUCCUGCUCUUGAUUUAGAACACACUGACAAACGCGAUCAUCCAGACUACACACAGCAGCAAACAUGUCUCGAUUCGUCUCUCGUCUCCUCGUUGUUGUUUCUCACCAUGCGACAGCCAGAGCCGUGGUGUCACCGAGGAGGAUCCCGUUGUUCAUCCGUCCUGUUUCCACAUCUCAAGGCCUGCAGUCUCUCACCCGCUAUGAUGAGACCACAGACUGGCAAAAGAAACUCACCCCAGAACAGUAUGUAGUCACCAGAGAGAAAGGGACUGAGGUGCCCUUUAGUGGGAUCUACCUUAACCAUUAUGAAGUGGGGAUGUAUCACUGUGUCUGCUGUGAGGCUCCACUCUUCAGUUCAGAGGCUAAGUAUGACUCAGGGACAGGCUGGCCGGCAUUCAAAGAAGCUCAUGGGACAUGGGAGCGGGAUGAAAGUCACGCCUCCGUCAUUCGUCGCCCUGACAACAGCCUGGGUAGUGCUGGGACAGAGGUCCUUUGUAAAAACUGUGAUUCCCAUCUGGGACAUGUGUUUGAUGACGGACCAGACCCAACAGGUCAGCGGUUCUGCAUCAACAGUGUGGCCCUCACAUUUAAACCUAGAGAAAACAACAAACCUGAGAAGCCGGAGGAAAACUGAUGAACUAUAUAGACUUGCCUAAACCACUGAAAAAACACUUACUGUAUGUUUCCCAGUCCUUUGUAGGAGGCAAAAUGAAGGUCAUGGUUUUGACCAAUACAGGUCUGGAAGUGAGAAGCUUUGUGUGUUUUAAUGUUUGAAUUUUGGUGUAAGUGGACAUCCUGGGGUUUAUUAAACUGAAAUAAACUCUUAUUCAGAAGAACUUGGUUAUAUGCACUGGAGAGAAGACUACAAAUCUGCUGAUCAUAUUCUGUAUUACAUGAUUCACACAAAAUGUCACCUCAAUUACCUAAUGAAAAACAUACUUCCUACCCUAAUCACUGUAUUGUUUUUUUUUUGUUUGUUUAUUUUAUUGUUUCCUGAUUUUUUUCUUGAACUGAAUGAUCUAUAAAAAUGGGCAACAUGAAACUUUAGUUUGGGACAUAGUGGCUAACCCCAAAAAGAACUGUCUUUAACAGCAUUAUUAUGUUGUCUUCAUGUCUGAAUACACUGGCCCUGAAUUAAGACUACUCUUUCUGUAGAGAUUGUAAAACACGGGAAAGUAUAACAUUGCUGCCUCUUGAGUUUUUCAGUCUGGUGCCACAUGUACAAAUCCAAAUGCCUUGUCUGUUUCAGUAAUUGCACAGAAUCGACUGAUAAUUUGUCAAUAAAUGCACAUUUUGUUUGUUCUCUGAA